AUGGGACUUGGGAUCUUGACAAUUCUAGCGAUUCUCGUAUGUUUCACCACAGCGGCUAAGAGUAGUAAGCCAUUCUGGGGUCUGGAAAAUGAGGCUUUAAUUGUGAAGUGUCCAAAAAAUAGAGAUUUCCCUGACCCUGUGGACUGGUAUUACUUAAAAACAAAUGAAAGUAUUCCCACACAGAAAAGAAAUCGUGUCUUUGCUUCAGAAGAUCGUCUUAAGUUUCUGCCUGCCAAAGUGGAUGAUUCUGGCAUUUAUUCGUGCAUUAUCCGAAGUCCUACCUUCAAUAAGACUGGCUAUGUGAAUGUCACCAUAUAUAAAAAGCAACCAGACUGCAACAUUCCAGAUCACUUGAUGUACACAACCGUUUCUGGCUCAGAAAAAUACGCCAGAAUACACUGUCCUACAAUUGACAUGUACAAUUGGACAGUGCCUAUUGAGUGGUUUAAGAAUUGUAAAGCUCUUCAAGGAUCAAGGUACAAGACACACAUGUCAUCUUUGGUCAUUGACAAUGCGCGACGUGAGGAUGAAGGUGAUUAUACAUGUAAAUUUGUACACUCUGAGAAUGGAGUCAAUUAUAGUGUGACAGCAACCAGAUUAUUCACAGUUAAAGUUAAUCAAGGAUUUUCUAAGUUACCAGUAAUCAAGGCUCCUCGGCACAAUGAAACCAAGGAAGUGGAAAUUGGAAAACCAAUAAAUGUGACCUGCACUGCUUGCUUUGGGAAAGGCAAGCAGGCUGUGGCUCUUGUCCUGUGGCAGAUCAACCGACGCAAAGUUCAGAGCUUGGGUGAAGCAAGAAUUCAAGAGGAGGAAGGUCAAAAUGAAAGUUCUAGCAAUGACCUAACUUGUCUAAACAAGUUUUUGAAGAUAACUAAAGUGAGGGAAGAAGAUUUGUCCCGGGAGUAUGACUGUGUGGCCUGGAAUCUGCAUGGCAUGAAAAGGCACACCAUAAAAUUGCAAAGGAAAAAGCCAAGUAAGGAGUGUGUCUGAGACUUUGUUGUGUCACCUGGAAGCUGACCUUUGUUUCUUUGAAGAAAAUGGGUUGUGGUUUGGUUCUGGAAAGAUUCGUCAUCAGGAAGAAAAUGGCCUGUGUCAUAAAAUGUACUUUUCCUCUUCAAGAUGGUGUUUGAAAUCUGGUCUUUUCAGAAUAUUAUUCUUUGUUAGGAAGCUUCUUGACUCUCUCCCUCUU